CCGCCCCCUCCUGGUGUGUGUGUUUUGCCCUGGCAGUUGCCUUGGCCCUUCUUGCAGAAUCCCAGACAGGAGUUCUAAAUAAGGGAGAGGAAUCUCCAGCCAUGCCCAUGUCCCUCCUGGGCAGGGCUUUGCAGGCAGGCUGGAGGAGAGCCUGGGCAAGUUGGGCCUUGAGGGUACCUUUGAGGGCAGAAGGCACCCCUUGGUGCAGAGGGACCCCACUUAGGGGCUUGGCCAGGGGCAUCCGGAGCUGGGCAGCCCUCCCUCCUUUGGCCAUGGCAGCCAAGGUGGAUCUGACCACGUCCACUGACUGGAAGGAGGCCAAAUCAUUUCUCAAAGGGCUGAAUAACAAACAAAGGCGGGAGCAAUAUUUCACCAAGGAUUUCAUCAAACUGAAGCAAAUACCUUCGUGGAAAGAGAUGGCGAAAAGCGCCAAAGUCAAGCAGCCUGAAGAAGCUGUUUACCCCAAAGAUAACCAUCUGAAUGAGAAGAUCUCUCUCUUCCGUGGGGACAUCACCAAGCUGGAGGUGGAUGCUAUUGUCAAUGCUGCGAACAGCUCCCUGCUGGGCGGAGGCGGUGUGGACGGGUGCAUCCAUCGAGCCGCAGGGCCUUUGCUGAAAGAGGAGUGCCGGGCCUUGAACGGCUGUGAGACUGGCAAGGCCAAGAUCAGCUGCGGGUACCGUCUGCCAGCCAAAUUCAUCAUCCACACCGUGGGGCCCAUUGCCCAGGGAGAGCCCAGCGCCAGCCAAGAAGAGGAGCUCGGCAACUGCUACAAAAACAGCCUGAAGCUCGCCGUGGAGAACAAGCUGCGGACCGUGGCCUUCCCAUGCAUUUCGACAGGUGUAUUUGGAUACCCAAAUGAUGCCGCUGCCGACGUUGUCCUCAACACACUGCACAAGUGGCUAGAAGACAAUAAGGAGAAGGUGGACCGAAUCAUCAUCUGUGUCUUCUUGGAGAAGGACGAGGAGAUCUACAAGGAAAAGCUGCCCCGGUUCUUCCCCAUUGCUUGACCCACUCUCGCUCUGAAGGGAUGCUGACGCAGGACCUCCGCCUUCACGUCUCUGAGUCUAUUUCACCUCAAUUAACCCCCCGGCUUGCAAAACAAGAUGCGGAGAACACCUUGGAACAUCUCUGGAGGAAGCAGGGAUCCAGAAAAGGAUCUGUAUUCUGGAAUAAAACAUGCAAGCACAGCAA